GUCUCAAAAUUCAGUAUAAAAACCGAAACUAAAGUGAGUACAACCCAACUCGGAUUUUUGGAAGAAAUCAAGUAUAAAUAAAAAUGUCAGCAACUUUACCUGUUGCACAAUGUGCUAUUCCUAGUAUCGGAGUUGUGAACUCAUUCGUAUCAAGUUUGAUACAAGCGAUUCUAGUAGCACAGUGUGGAAUUUCACGUCCGGAAUAUUGGCCACCAGAUCAUGCAGAUGAAGCACAUCAUCACGGUGUGAAUAAAUAUGAUUAUGUGAUUAUUGGUGCUGGUAGUGCAGGAUCUGUACUUGCAAGUCGUUUAAGUGAAAAUCCUAAAAUGGAAGUAUUGGUGAUAGAAGCAGGAGGGGAUCCACCACAAGAAUCGGAGCUUCCAAGUCUGCUAUUCACUUUAAGUCAUACAAAUUAUUCUUGGAAUUAUUAUACCGAACCAAGUGACCAUGCAUGUUGGGCAUCUAAAGAACGGCGUUGUUAUUGGCCACGUGGUAAAAUGAUUGGUGGCAGUGGUGGAAUGAAUGCUAUGAUAUACGUACGUGGAAAUAAACAUGAUUAUGAUGGUUGGCGGCGAAAGGGCAAUAUCGGUUGGGGUUGGUCAGAUGUAUUGCCGUAUUUUGAAAAAUCUGUUCGACCAGUUGGUAAUGACACACAUCCACAAGGCUAUGUAAUUUUAAACAAGUUCGAUACAUUUGAUGAUGAUAUUCGACAAAUAAUUCGAUCUGGUGUUGCUGAACUUGGUAUACCAACAAGUCGUGACGAGAUUGAAAAUAGUGCCGUUGGCUAUACAGAUAUGUAUGGUACUGUCCAGAAUGGACAUCGUAUGAGUACUGGUAAAGUGCAUUUGGGUAAAGUUUCUGGUCGACGUAAUUUACAUGUGUUUAAGAAUUCUCUGGUUACAAAAUUAAACUUUGAUAAAACCGGCACAUACGUGGAUUCAAUAUCAGUUUUACUGCGUGAAAAAAUAAAAUUAACUGUACGUGCUAAAAAAGAAUUUAUCCUCUCUGCUGGUGCCAUCAAUUCACCUCAACUUUUGAUGCAAUCUGGGGUCGGUCCCAAACAACACCUGCAAAGUGUGGGAAUACCAGUUAUACAUGAUUUACCUGUUGGCAAAAACUUACAAGAUCAUGUGAUAGUGCCUAUUUUUUAUGAAAUUCAGAAAAACAAAGCCUUGCCAGUAUCUCUGCAAGAUAUUUUGAAUAGUAUAUACCAAUAUUUAAUGUACUCACGUGGACCUUUAGGUGCUACUGGUAUAAACUCUUUCACUGGCUUUAUAAAUACUAAGUCGAAUAAUUUAAGUACACCCGAUGUUGAAGUUCAUUAUCUGAUAGCUAGGCGUCAAGAUCAUGCUACUCUGGAAACAAUACUUUACGCUGUUUCUUUGGAAGAUGACAUGAAGUUAUAUUUACACAGUGCGCUUAACUCCACACAUAUACUAAUGGUAAUGACUGCAGUUUUACUUCCAAAAUCAGUUGGUCAAAUAAAAUUAAGAAGUCCACAUUACAAACACAAUCCAGCAAUCUAUCCGAACUAUUUAGGUGACGAAAACGACAUAGAUACAUUAUUACGUGCAAUGAAGCAUCAUAUGAGGCUGGAGAAAACAAGUAGCUUUAUGAAUAGUGAUGUUAAAUUAAUGCACGUUCCUAUAAAGGAAUGCGACAAUUAUGUAUUUAAAUCACAGCUCUAUUGGCGUUGUUAUUUUAAAUAUUUCAGUAUGACUAUUUUUCAUCCUGGGUGCACUGUGAAAAUGGGCCCAGAUGAAGAUAAAAGUGCUUGUGUUGACAGAUGUUUACGUUUGCGUGGAGUCAAUAAUCUGCGUGUAGUCGAUGCGUCCAUAAUGCCGAAACUACCCAGCGGGAAUAUAAAUGCAGCUACUAUAAUGAUUGCGGAACGAGCUGCAGAUUUCAUUAAGAAAGACUUGUCAAGGAUGUGUGCAGCGUAGGAUUGCAGAAUUUGCAUGCAAUAUCUUUAUAUGGAAUUUGAUUAAUUUA